CAGCUGAUGGCCCUGUUGGCCCGGCAGGCGUCACUGAUGGGGGCCCUGGCUCAGAGCGGCGGUCGCCAGCCCGACGCGCUGUCACUCCUCGCGGGCGGCGGGCACGACGAGGGGUUUGGCGAGAGCUCUGGCAUGCGACUUGGCGGCGCGCGCGGCGCCGCCGCCCUGGAGCUGUUCCGACGCCAGGUCCAGAGCAGCCCCCAGGCCGUCUCCGCCCUGGUCAGGCGGAAUCGCCAGCUCAACAUGACGGGUGCUGCGAGCGAGGAGGGCAUGAGCGACUCCACGCGGAACUUCUUCGCCCGCAACGUCCCGUUCGGGCAGGCGAGGUCGUCGGCCUUCCUGGUUUUCGGCAUGGCGGAGGUGUUCGACCUGAUGGAGCGCGGCUCGUGGCGCGCCGCCGAGGCUCAGCUGGCGCUCCUCCUCUGCGCGUCGGAGCAGGCGGCCCUGAGGGAAUGGCGCUGGACGUCAGCUUGGCUGCUGACUCACCUGCCCGAGCCGCCCUGGGCUUCGAUCCGCCAGGCGCCAGCCCGCGGGCAGAUCCGCCCCAUGUCCCGCUUGGCCUCGCCCGAGUGGGUCGCUGCAGCGAUCGGCUACACCAAUGACACGCUGGCCCUCGAGGACGCGGAGCGGAAGCUUGCGCCGGCCGCGGCGCCGAGGGCCGAGGAGGGCGGAGGAAAGGGGGGGGGCUCGAAGCGCCACGGCAAGGCCGCUGGCGCGCCCCCUCACGAGAGGCUGGUGGGCGGCAGCAAUUCACUGGACGUGGGCAUUCGCUGGGGCUUUGGCCUGAUCCGCCGCCUGCGCGGGCUCCGCACGGCUUUCGGCGCCUUCGUCCGCUCCUCCAUGCACGCCGCUGGGUUCCAGGAGGUUGCGACUCCUGCCGCCGGUCUGCUGCCCUGCCCCCCGCCCUUCGGGUGGGCUGCUGGUACUCCCCCGCGGGGCGUGCGCGCCCGCAGGCGAUGGCUCCGCACUCGCGUCGAGCACAUGUGGGUCAACGCCGUCAUCCUUGCACUCUCCCACCUGCACCUGAGCGAGUCGCGGAGCUGCCCGCCGCGCGCCCGCGCUGGGAGGCCUCUCAGUUCGUCUCAGUCCGAGAUGGUGUCCAGGCUGAGUAGGCCAGUGCGACCGAUGUGCCGGCCCCUGCAAUGGCAAGGUGGCCGCGUGGAGAAGGCGGGCAAGCUGGGCGACCUCCUCGAGUACCUAAAGCAAUGGGACGACGUGGGGCGACUGGAGCUGGUCGACGCGGCCGACUCCCCGCAGGCCCUGCGAGGCACCCUGUUUCCCGUGUUCAAGGACGCCAGCACGCAGAGGGUCGUCUUCAAUCGCAUCGCUCGCAAUUCGUCUGAGUUGCCACUGGGUGGCUUCUCCAGGCUGACCCCGAGCGCCGCCAUGCUGGUGGACCUGGAGGUGCCGGCUGGUUCCGUCCUUCGCGUCUGGGCGGACGACCUCCAGGACUUCUACCCCGCCUUUGACUGCGCCUACGACAUGGCUUGCACCAACGACGUGGCGCUCCCCCUCCCGACGAGGCUCUACGAGGGUUUCGCAGCGCUGGGCCGGCUUCGGAAGCGCUGCCGUCGCGAGGGCCGCGAGCUCCCCGAGAAAGUGGUUCCCUGCCACGGCGGCCUGAUCAUGGGGGGCCUGAACGCGCCCGACUGGGCGUGCGAGUCCCACAUGCGACUGCUCGCCCAAGCCGGCAGCUUCCCCCCAGAGCGGCGGGUGCUGAACCGCCACCUUGCCCCCGAGGGGUCUGCCUGGGAGGGCGUCGUGCUGGACGACCACUUCGGCCUGGCUGUCGACGCUCCGGGCUCGCGGGAAGCUCGGCGAGCUAUCGAGGAGUCCUUCGCCCGCGCGCGCGAGGGCUAUGCGAAGGCGGGCCUCAGGGUCAGCGCUGGCAAGGAGGUGAAGGACGCGGCGGAGGCGACGGUCAUCGGGGCAGAGCUCCUGGGGCAUGACCGGCUCGUCGGCGCCUCCCGCACCCGCAGGCUGGCGCUGGCCUGGAUGGGCCUGUCCAUGGAGGUCGACGUCGACCGCAACCCGCACGAACUGUUCGACCUGAGCAGCGCGGCCUGCAACGAGUGCGCCCUGUUCGCAGUCCUCGUCCCGCUGAUGGCCACCGACCUCUCCGCGGGCUGGGGCCCGCACGUUCUGGCCUCGGACGCCUCGCACCUGGCUGGGGCGUCCGUCAAGACGCCGGCCUCAGCGCCCACCGCCAGAGCGUUCUGGCGCCAGCGCGAGCAGCGAGGCGCUCGCACGCGGCUGUACCCCUCAGGCUGGGCUGCCAUGGCCAAUCCCGAGGACGGCGCCGUCCUGCAGGACCUGGAGGAGGAUGCCGCACCUCCCCCUGGCAUUGUCGACCCGACGGCCUCGCUCAUCGAGUACUUUGACGUGCUGGAGCUCUGCUGCGGGGAGGAGGCCCGCCUCAUGGGGUACCUCUCGGGCCGGGGCCUGCGCACAGGCCCGAGGAUAGACAUCAAGUGCCACAAGUACUGGGACCUGGUCGACUCGCGCCUAGCGGAGUGGAUAGAUAGUAUGGCUGAUCUGGCAGAGACGCGUCAAGAUGACCAUAUCACAGGUAACGUGCACCAGCUUCUCGAUCGCGAGGCACCCGAGGCUCAGGUCCAGGAUGCGGCCCUGGGGAUUCGACCCAUCCUCGACGCGACGCAUCUGGGGAACGUCCUCUUCAGGGUGGGGAUGCUGGCGCUGUUUGCCCACCUGAUCUCUGGCCACGGGACCGGUUUGCACGAGCAUCCCCUGGCGGCCUACUCCUGGCGCACGCACAUCGUCGAGUUCCUGCUGACGCACGAGGCCGUGGACCGCUUCGACCUCUCGAUGUGCCAGUUCGGCGCGCCUUGGAAGAAAGACACUAGCCUCCUGGUGGUGCGGGGCUCCUGGCUGGCGCCUAUGGCGAGGCGCUGUCGCGGAGGGCACAAGCACACCGUCUUGGAGGGCGGCCUGACUCCCAAGGCUGCGCUCUACCCGCGCGGCUUCUGUGACGAGCUGUCCAAGCUGAUCGCCGACAACCUGGACGGGCCGACCCCGCCAUCCCCGGCGGAGAGUUCGGCGCCCGCUGGAGCGUUCGAGGCCCUCUGGCUGAACGACUACGUCGGCUUCGCUCCCUGGCAGCUGCACUGCCACCGCCUUUUCCGCAAGCCCCUCCACGUCAACCUACUGGAGAUCGACGCAGCUUGCGACGCGGUGGACGAGCAGGGCCUACGAUUCCCGGAUUGCAAGCACAACCUCCUCCUGGACUCCCGCGUCUCGAUCGGGGCCAUCAGCAAGGGCCGCUCCUCGUCGACUGCGAUCAACAAGCUCUUGAGGAGGAGGGCCCCGUUGCAACUGGCCACGGGCUCGUACGUUGGGUGCCACUUCGCGCCGACGCGCCUGCAGCCAGCUGACAUCCCGUCGCGCACGCUCCGCGACCCGGCGAGCGCUCUGGCCCGCGGGGCCGAGGCCCCGCCGCCCGCUCCGUGCUGGCUGGCCGGCCUCGAGGCCGGGGGCGCCUCAGCCUUCCGCGCUUGGGCUGCGCUCCCGCUGCAGCGCCGGCAGCAGUCGCGGUGGGCUUGGCUGGUGGCGUGCCUCUGGUGGCGCGGGCUCCUGCGGCUCGCCCCUCGACCGCGGGUGCGCGACCCCGCGCUGGGCUUCCCGGGCGAGGGCCCGCGCGGCGGAGGCGGCUGGCCUGAGAGGCCCCCUAUGGAGGUGAGCAGGGUUUCAUCCCCUGGUCAGGUGACGGCCCGGCUCCUCCCGGGUACGGCCAGCCUCCAUCAGGGUCGGGCUCGUGGAACCCUGGCACCGGCCUCCUGCGCCGCUGCAGCCUGGCCGGCGCGGCCGCUGGGCCGCCUCUUCGGGCUCCUGGUGCUGCUGCUGCUGUGGGGCCCUGCUGCCGCACCGCGCCCGCCGACCGCCCGCCCCGCUGGGGUGGACUUGGCGGCCGCGCGCGGCCUGGCGCCAGUGGUCCAGGCGCGCCGUGCUGCCCUCGUCUCGCAGCUCCACCACUGGCUGGCGGGCCACGGCGGGCCCAGCUGGGACCUGUUCAUCCUGAUGGACCCGGCGACGGUGGCGCGCUACCUGGCUAAGUACGGCCAGUUCCUGUACGACACGAUGCGGAGCCGCCACGACUACGACGAGACGAUCAAUGCGGUGGUGGACGCAAAUCGCGCCCUCCGACACCGGCUAGACGCUGCGUGGGACAUCUCCUUCACGUGGAAGCACCUCGCGCCGGGCUCGAACCACCAGGCGAUGCCGGAGGCGCUGCUGCUCGCCUCGGUGAGCUUGGCGCUGGCGUGGGGCUGGCGCGACGUCGCCGGCUGCCUGCUCCUCGGCUUCUUCGGGAUGAUGAGGCCCUUCGAGUUCCUGAGGCUGAGGUUCGGGGACCUCGUGCUCCCCUCGCGGACGUUG